UGUGUAUUUUGAGCUUUAAUCAGAGCUGGUUACACCUUGCUGUCAAGUUUGUUUUCACUUUUUUUUACGAAAAGUUCUGCCGGCUUUCCGUAGAAUUCUGACUUAACUUAAGCCUUGUAGAAUCGUUAUCUAUUAGAACAAGAUGUCUUUCGUAGCACGCUCGCUGAUUCGCAAUGUGCCGCUGAUGGGCAAGGCCAUCCUGAGUCAGCAGAAACAGAUUGCCGCCCGCCUCCUGCAUCAAACCGCUCCCCUUGCUGCAGUCCGCGUCCAGCAUCCCGCUCCCGACUUCAAGGGUCUGGCUGUGGUGGACAACAGCUUCCAGGAGGUGAAGCUGGAAGACUACAGGGGCAAGUACCUUGUGCUCUUCUUCUACCCACUGGACUUCACAUUCGUUUGCCCCACUGAAAUCGUUGCAUUUAGCGAGAGGAUCAAGGAGUUCCAUGACAUCAAUACCGAGGUUCUGGGCGUUUCUGUGGACUCCCACUUCAGCCAUCUCACCUGGUGCAAUGUCGACCGCAAGAACGGCGGAGUGGGCCAGCUGAAGUACCCGCUCCUCUCCGAUUUGACCAAGAAGAUCUCUGCCGACUACGAUGUGUUGCUGGACAAGGAGGGCAUCUCGCUGCGCGGCACCUUCAUCAUCGACCCCAACGGCAUCCUGCGCCAGUACUCCAUCAAUGACCUGCCCGUGGGCCGAUCCGUCGACGAGGUUCUGCGCCUGAUCAAAGCCUUCCAGUUCGUCGAGCAGCACGGAGAAGUCUGCCCGGCCAACUGGAAUCCUAAGUCGAAUCCGGCUACCAUUAAGCCCGAUGUAGAGGAGUCCAAGAAGUACUUCAGCAAGCACGGCUAGAGGAUCAUCUGAUUAUUUCUUAUACACCCACAACAUUCACUACACCAAAAGACUCGCAGAAUAAAGAGGAUAAAGAUUGGAAUUUCCUGUAUAACAAUUUAAAAACAAAAAACUGUUCGCGAUAAUUUAGCAGAAGUCUAUCAAGGAAAUUAUGCCUAAUAAAUCUAUCUUAUUUUUGUAUUUUA